AUGUCUCAACCACCGGUCGGUCUAAACGACUGCUUAAAGCUCCUAAAAGGCGAGCGCGACGAGCAAAAACUCGCCGGCCUUCUCCUCGUCACCAAAUUCAUCAAUAACGAUGACGUCAGCUCGAUAUCCGUUAUCUACGACGCCGUCGGCGAUGUGUUCCUCACGCGCCUGCUCAACACAGGGCUCGGAAAAGGUAAAUUACUCAAAUCCGGACUUGAUAAUCGAGACGCUUACUUACAACUUGCUGUUACUCUGCUUGCUUCGUUUUGUCGUGUUCCGAGUAUUGCGGCUUCGAAUGAGAUGUUCUCGAAAUUGAAUUUGAUUUUUGAGGUUUUGUCGAGAGGAGUGUGUUCGUGUGUUGAGGAAUGUUGGGAAUUUUUGUUGUUAGUAGUUAAUGGUAAUAAUGAUAGAAUUAGGGCUUUUGUAGAGAAUGGAGGAUUGAGUUUGUUAGGAUCGAGAAUCGAGAUGUUUGAGGAUGGUUCGCGUGUGAUUGAAAUUGUUAUGAGGCUUGUUGAGUUGGUUGUGAGUGAUUAUGAUGCGGAGGUUUUGUUUGGUAAGUAUGCGAGUGAGGUGGCAAUGAUUGUUGUUGGUGUGGCUAGGCAGUUUGCGGUUUUGCAUAAUAAUGUGAAAUUCGAGGCACUUCAUUUGUUGUCUGCGAUUUUGUCGAGUAGAUAUGGUGGAGAUGUUUGUGAUGUUUUGAGGGCGAGGGAGAGUGGUGUGUGGGCGGAUUAUGUGAGGGUUGGUGUUGUGGCGAUUUUGCAGAAUCGUGUGGCACCUGCUGAGAAACUUCAUGCGCUUAUUGUGGCGGAGGCUGUUGUGGGUAUAGUUGGUAAGGAAUGGUUUUUUGGUCCGAUGAAUUUGCCUGGUGUGGAAGAGGCUGUUGUGCCGGGGGAUAGGUGUGUGUUGCUUGUUUUGGAGUCGUCUAGGAUUGAGAUUGCUGUUCUUCUUAAUGACUUGGCUUAUUUGAAGUUUGAAGCUUCGAAGAGUUCUUUGGGUGACAAUAAUGUUGUUUCGAAGGAAAGGAAUCUUUGUGUAGCGUUUUCAUUGGUGGAAAAUAUUGUGAAAAUGAUUGCAAGUGUUGCUGAAGAUGAAGGUGGUGUUAUUAGCGAAAGUACUUUUAUUAAGAUUAUAAAUGGGCUUAAUGAGACGACUGGUGUCAUCCUUGAGUAUAUACAAGAUGCGAAGGUUCAUGGACAAAGGAAAGGAGAUGAUCUCCUUGCUUCAGUGCGGGUUAUUGGGAGUUAUCUUGCAGAAACCCCUGAUGCAUGCAAGGAUAAGGUAACAUCACUUUUGGAUUUUAUGCUUUCGAUUGAGGGGGAAGACGAGCAAAGUCCUUUCCAGUCUAUCUGUUUUUUGCUUCCUAUGUUGUGUCAGAUAACAAUGGAAGUUGAUGGAUGUCGUGUUGUUGCUUUUUCCGGAGCGCAAAAAGCUAUUGUAAGUUGCCUCAUUAAGCUGAUUAGUCUUAAUGGCGAUAAAGCAAAGGAUGGUAGUUUGAUAUAUCUGGCAUGUGAUACACUUAUGAACGUUCUGUUAAAGAAAGUAGAAGUCCCUAUUUCCUUUGAUGGAGCUGACGUAGUUGAACUCUUGGCAACUUUGGUUUACUGGUCGGAGAAUAGCAGUCACCACUCUGUUGUUAUGAUGGCUGCAACUAUCUCUUCAUUGAUUCUAGACUUCACAUCGGAGGAUGCUCUUCGACACCAUCCAGGCUUUGAUGAUGGCAAGUUGGCUGGUCUCUGCCAACUCUUCAAGAGAAGUAUGACUGCUAGUAGUGAGGGUGUGUUGUAUGAGGAAGCUGAAGCGGAUCUCUAUGAGAUUGUCAUUUCAGGAUAUUCACGCUGGUCUGAGCGUUUUCCUUGCAUCAAGGUAGCAGUUGGAAAAUAA